AUGCCACCAAACACCACCAGUCCCAUUCAACCUUUCGAUCAAGGCAUCAUUCGUUCAUUCAAAGCGUAUUAUCGUCGAGAACUUGUUCGAAUGCAAAUCGCAGCGAUCGCCGCUGUCCGAGGUGGCCAAGCAGAUAACUGUUUUGAAGGCCAUGCACAUGAUGAAGCGAGCACUUUUCAUGAAUUUGACUUUGAAGGAUUUGGCAUUGAACCCUGCCGAAGUAUGGUAGCACUGCAUGAUGGAGACAUGUCUGGAAAACUGGGCUUUGAUGAAUUUCAGACUCUUUGGAAAGAUCUUUAUCGUUGGAAGACAACAUUCAAAAAGUUUGAUAUUGAUAAAAGCGGGAACCUAAAUUCAUAUGAACUGCGUUCAGCACUCAACCAUUCUGGUUUUAAACUCAGCAAUAAUGCGUUCCAGGCUUUGGUGAUGCGGUACAGUAACAAAGCCGGACAAAUUACUUUUGCAGAUUUUGUUAUGUGUACCAUCCGAUUGAAAUCCAUGUUAGCUUCCUUUAAAAGUCACGAGAGCAACAAUUGUGGCAUUUCUGGUUUUCAUUUGGAUGAUUUCAUCCAACUCUGCAUUUAUUCUUAG